UUAAAACCAUGUGAGUCCGGAGAUUUGAAAAUGCAGAUUGGAAUAUUGGUAAUCAAAACAUAGAGAUUAAGUUAAAUAUUAUAUGGAAGUCUUCUCAUUCGUAUAAAGAAUAUUAAAUUGAUGUUGUUAGUUGGGAGACAAUAAGGAAUGUUUAUAAUUAUACCGUUCAUUGGAAUAAUAAAUUCACCAGGAAUUUAUAGAAAAAGAAGAAAUACCUCAUAGUCUGUACAGAAAGAUAUCUAAAAGAUGUCUAGGUAUGUGUGCAAAUACAAGUGAAGGAAGUAUGAAUAAGGAAGAGAGGAAUCUUGAUACAAGUUUAGUUAGUUCUCUUAUCUUCAGUGAUUAUCUAUCGAAGAAGUUCGAAUCUCUCAAUAGUGUUCAAAACAAAAAUAGCGAAGAAAAUAUGGUCAGUAGCAGAAGUGAUUCAGACAAUUUUUUUUGUGAUUUCAGUGAAAAUGAAGGUAGACGCCCAUCAGACUUCAGAGAAGAGACUCGAAAUAAUGGAUCAGUAUUGAGUCUUUCGCCGCGAGAUGUUAUGAGUUUGAAAAAGAAUGUGAAGAAACAUAAGAUCAGUACAAAUGGUAGUUCCAGUCCCGUAGACCAUUCUCCAGUUGAAAGUAAUAGUGUUAACAAGCAUAAACUUGAAGCCGUUGAUUUAUUUCGUUCCAUGAGUACCUCAAUGAACGGAGUCAGUGAAGUAAUCAUUGAUGCGCCAGAGGAAUGUGUUUUAAAAAAAAAUAAAAAGAAAUAUUCUGAGAAUUCGCCAUCUCAAUCAAAUACUGGUUAUUUAAAGAGUGAAGGAUGCAAAAGUGGAAGUGUUAGUAUAAAAAAGUCUAAAACUAAGUGUUCUGUAAAAAAAAACACCAAAAAGAAAUGCAAUUCUCAAGAUGGUAAUGAAAAAAGCUUCAUAGAUAAUCUUUUGGAGUACUACGAAGUACAAAGUACCCCCAUUCCAAGUGAAGAUGAAGAUCAUUCAGAGAAUAGUGGAAAAACAAAGCAUACAAAUAAUCACAAAUCAAAUGAAGAUCAGAUCAGAGUUAACAAAAAAAGGGAAGACGCAAAAGAAAGCAAUAAAAGAAGAAGAAGUAAUUCUGGCGAUUGCCUCAAUUUAUCCUCUUCAGAGGAAAAUAAGGACACUGAAUUCAAAAACUCUGAUAAAACAUUGAUUGAAAUGAGAAAAAAACGGAAAUCAGAACAUCAUACUGAACAAAUAAUACCUCGUAGCAGUGUUUCAUCAGAAGAUCCAGAGACUGUAGAGAAUAUCAUUAACUAUCUUGAUAGAAAAAAGUCCAAAUCAAAAAAAGGCAACCACAAAAAAUUCAACCAUAAAUCGGAGGUUAACGGUAGUGGUUCUGUAUUGGAUUUGAAAUAUUUGCAUAAAGAAAACUACUCAAUAAAUGAAAUAUCAUCUUCUGAAAAUACAGAAGAAAUGACUUGUGAGACGAAUAUUGUGCAAGAAUGUUUCAAACAGGUGGGAAAACACAAACGAAGAAAGGAUAAAUCAAAAUAUAUUGAGUGUUCAGAGUCAGACAAUACUUUACAUGAUGUGUCAUGUACUAAAAAUGUUGCGAAUGAAAAACAAUUUUCAUCGUUCUCUGAAAAUAAACAAGUAGUUGUAGAACACAACAAUUCGUACGAUUUUAAAAAAGCAAAACAAAAAAAUCGGUUGAGAACUGAGUCUAGUGAAUCUGAACUGGAUAUUAGUUUUUCAUCUAUCGAAAAAACGAAAGAAUCCAAAGUCAAUGUACGUAAUCUGUUAUCAAAGAAUAAUGAGAAAAGGAAUCUUGAAGAUAACAAAGAAAUGGUCAGUGAGGACAGAAAUAAUUUUUCAAACAAUAAAAAAGUAAGUGAGGAAAAUAAUGUAUCAGAGAAGGAAUCUCCUGUCAAAAAUAAGAAUAGAAUAAGAGAAUCUGUUCAUUCGGAAGUCACUUUCGAAAACUCCCAUCACACAGAAGAAUUAAAUGAUAAUUCACAAGUAGAAUCAAAAAAGAAACAUAAAUCGCAGGAUGAUUCAUUAGUUACUGAUGAUGCUGAAACGCCAACAAAAAAGAAGAAAUAUAAAACGAUAGACAACUUUCUGAAAAAGUUGGAGAAAAAAAUUAAACGUGAAACUAGCUUUAAUAACAGUAAUUCAAGUAUGCAGUUAUCUACAGGUCCAGAGAUAUUAGAGAGUGUUGGCAAACCUAAAGAUGAAAUCAGUGUACUUAUGAACGAAGAAAUAUCUAUUUGCUCCGACGUGAAAGAAGCUAUUAAAAGCAACGAAGAUUCUUUGGAAAGGCGGCAAAUGAAUAAAGAUGAAGGCACAGAUACAGUUCAAGGUGAGCCAGAUGAAAAUUCUAAUAUGAGAAAGAAGAAAACUGACGUUUGUUCUGAUGACCUGGGAGAGAAUAGUGGCAGCGAUUCCUGUGAAGAAAUCGAACGAUCUGUCAAACGAAUAAACAGACAUAAUUGGCGAAAUAUGGAUUUAGAGGACGUUGGAGCUGAAGUAUUGAAAAACUUAGUUAUUGUUCUUCCUUUCAACAUUCCUCCUUUACAUGUCAAUGUGGAAAGACCUAGUAGACCUACUCUGGAUGAAAUAAAAGCUUCUAGAGAUUUUUCAGUGAAGACUGGUGCUUAUAGCCAGAAGGAAGACCAAACUAUCAAAAACAACUGGAAGAGGUUUUGUAAAGAACACAAUCUGAAUAUUGAACCUGCUGCUUUCUUCAAAUUUCCCCGAAAAAUGGCAAAAGAAGAAAAAGUUAAAUUUAUGCAGUAUAUUUCUCAUGGGUUAGAAAAUCGUCCACCCCGCAGGGUGUACCUUCGUUUCAAAACUAUUUUUGGAAAUUUGGUUAAAAUAACUGGCCGAUUUACAAAAGCCGAGGACGAACAGAUAAUUGAAUUCAUGGAAACGACAUCCUCAAAAAAACCAUUCGUUGAUCUUGGUCGGAUAUUAAAUCGGCCAAGUAAUUCAGUGGAAAGGCACUACUUGCGUAUACGUGAAGAAAAAAAAAUUUUUUGGACUCCAAGUAAGGCCGAACAGCUAAUUAAUUGCAUGCUCAAAGUAGCUAAACUCGAAAGUCCAUAUCAGUUAGAAAACCAGAAACUAACAGCUAAACAGUGGAAGAAGGUAUCAAAAAAGAUGGAGGGUAUUCCUGUUAUAAAAUUGCAAAGAGCUUGGAACAUCACGAUCUAUCCUCGAUUGUUUGCAGAUGGAGAUCUAGCGAUGGCAAAAAGACUCGUAAUAGAUAUACUCGAUGAACGCCAAGAAACAGAUUGGCGACUGGUUGACUGGAAGGAAAUAUCGAGAAAAUUUCCAGGAUUUUCUCCUGAGAAAUUGUACAUGAUGUUCAAGAAACUAGUGAUACACAAUGUUCCCGAAGAACUCCAAAAAGAUCUUAAAAAAAGCAUUGAAUGUUUAAAAGAGAAGGGGAUAGCACCAACCCACAAGUUGAGGAGUUACAUAUACAGAAAUGGACAUUUGGUCUAUGAAGAUGACAGUGAUGAUGAUGAUGAGAAGAAUAUAAAAUGGUGAUUUUAUUCGAUACAUUGUGAUGUGAUUCAAACUUAAUAGUUGAUCCACGAAUGGUGUUUCAUUGUAAUUAUUUCCUAAAUUCAAGCUUGCCGAGUGGGAAGACAUUAACAAGUGAUUUAUUUGUAUUUAUAUUUGUUCAGUUUCUGGAAAUGUUGAACCGAUUGUUGAACAGUUCAAAAAAAUGUUUUGCAACAUUUCAUUCAAAAAAUACCUUGUUUGUUUCUGAAGAACAUUGAAUUUCUUUCUUUAUUUCAAGUAAAUAUUUUUACAACUUUGUUAUUAUAAAUGUAUAUUAACUUCUUUUAAA